UCCCUUCCUGCCCUCCCCGUGGCCCCAAACUGGAUAUAAAACCGAUCUCCAUCCCAGCCCCGCAGCAGCCGCCCACUGCAGCCAUGGGGCCGAGUGCUGCUGCCGGCCCCGUCCUCUCCCUGCUGCUGCUGCUGGGGGCCGCGGUGCAUGCGCAGCCCCGGGGUCGGAUCCUGGGGGGCUCGGAGGCGCGGCCCCACCUGCGGCCCUACAUGGCCUCGCUGCAGCUGGACGGGCAGCACGUCUGCGGGGGGUUCCUCAUCGCCCAGCAGUGGGUGCUGAGCGCCGCGCACUGCACCGAGCAGAUGGGCGGUGAGCACUUCCAGGUGCUGCUGGGAGCGCACUCGCUGACGGAGCCGGAGCCCCACAAGCGGCUGUACCGCGUGCGGGCACAAAUCGCCCACCCCGGCAGCAACAUCCACAACAACCGGGACGACCUCCUGCUGCUCCAGCUGGAGGAGAAAGCGGAGCUGAACGAGCACGUGCAGGUGCUGCCGUUCCAGCGCGAGGACCGGGACGUGGCGGCCGACACGCUGUGCGACGCCGCGGGAUGGGGCAUGGUGACGCACAGCGGGAGGAAACCGGACCGGCUGCAGCAGGUGCAGCGCCCGGUGAUCAGCAGGGAGCUCUGCAACCACCGCACCCGCCACGACCGCACCAUCACCGAGAAGAUGAUGUGCACCGACUCCCGCAAGAAGGACACCUGCAAGGGUGACUCCGGGGGCCCGUUGGUUUGCAACGGCGUGGCCGAGGGGGUGGUGACGGCCGGCUCCCGCGUCUGCGGCAACUACAAGAAGCCGGCCAUCUACACCCGCAUCGCGCCCUACGCCGCCUGGAUCGACGGCGUCAUGGCCUCCAGGGAUGGGGACACGGAUGAGGACGUGGCCGCACGCUGAGCCCCCACCCCCGGGCACAGAGGGGACGGGGACCCUGACAUCCUGCUCCUGGAGUGGGUGCUGAGUGAUGCCCAGGGAUGGGGGGGCACCGCUGCAGGCUUUGCUGCACACAUCUGUACUGCAACCACCGCAAUAAAGCAAUGCCAAUUGCUGCAG